GGCGCAUGCGCGGCGGCGGCGGCGCUGACAGGCAGCGAGGCGGCUGAGGUGCGCGCCCGGAUGGCGGCGUCCGGGGCGAGGAAGCCCAGCUCCCCGCGGGACUCGGAGGCCGAGGUCUGGUCCCGCCGGGUGAGGGAGCUGGUCAGCUCCGAGCCGGCCAGCCGCCUCUGCUUCGAGUGCGGCCAGCGAGGCGUCACCUACGUGGACAUCACCAUCGGCAGCUACGUCUGCACCGCCUGCUCGGGGGCGCUCCGUGGCCUGAACCCCCCUCACCGGGUCAAGUCGAUCUCCAUGACGACCUUCACGGAGAGCGAGGUGCAGUACCUCCAGACCCGUGGGAACGAGGCCUGUCGGAAGAUCUGGUUGGGCACCUUUGACUCGCGGACGUCUCUGCUGCCAGAUUCCCAGGACCCUCAGAAAGUGAAGGAGUUUCUGCAGGAGAAAUACGAGAAGAAGAGAUGGUACAUCUCCCCAGAGCAAGCCAAAAGCCUGCCCUCACUGACAUCCCAAAGCUCCACGGUGGAAGUGAAGACGCUGCUGGGAGACUCGGGGGCGAUGCCUACAGCAGCCAAGCCUAGCCAGAUUGCAGACAGGAGCCAGCCGCAGGGCCCCCAGCCAGCCAAGAAAGCCAGUAUGGACCUCUUGGCCGACAUUGGGGGAGACCCCUUUGCUGCCCCCCAGCCUGGACCUGCCUUCACAGCCUUCCCUGCUUUUGGGAGCCAGGUGCCAGCCCAGGCCGCCUUCACCAGUUUCGAUGCCUUUGGAGGAAGUCCUGCUGGAGUGACCUUUGGGGACGCGUUAGCCGCCAGCCACAGCCCUUUCCAGAGCCAGCCCAUGCCAGCGGGGAACAUGCCCCGUGGAACCCACAUGGGCGGUUUCCCUGCCUCCCCUGCUAGCCAACCAGGAGUGGGCAUUCCAGACAUGGGCGGGGCCUUCAGAGUGGGUGGAGUCCCAAGCAGUGUCUUUGGGGCCCUGAGCCAGUCGCCUGUCCUGCCCCCGCCCAGCCCAGCCACGGCCUACGGGGCCUGCACCAAUCCUUUCGCCACCUCUGCCGUUGCUCAGCCCACGCUGCCUUCCACCAACCCCUUCCAGACCAACGGCAUGGGCCCAGGCGCCUUCGUGGUGGGGUCCCCCAGCAGCUUCUCCACCUCCCCCCUCUCCAGCGUCUUCGCCUCCCCCCUGCAGCACCAGCAACCGCCUCUGUUCCAGACCCAAGCAAUGCUGAGUCAGCAGCAGAAUGGCGGGUCCCCGUUCAGUGGAUUUUCUGUUGCCAAAGCUGCACAGAGACCCCUUGGGCAGCCUGUUGGAAUCUCCACCAACCCUUUUGUGACCCCGAUGGCCUCCUCGCCUGCUGGCCCUUUCUCCCUGGCGAAACACCCCCCCACCAACCCUUUCUUAUAGCGCUGGCUAGACGACAGACCGCCGGAGACCCCCGACUCACCUCGAGUGUGUGUGUGUAUGUGUGUGUCAUAUAGGAGAGAGCGUCUCUGCCACUUGGGCACUUUACUCUUCCCACCCCCUGGAAUGGGGGUGGGCGCUUAAGUGCUUUUCAGAAGGGUUUUUUGGGGGGGGGACGUAUGGCCUCUCCCUCCAGAAAGCAGCGCACGAUGUGACUUGCCAGGGAGCUGGGUUAGCUGGCUGCAAACCAGGGCAGUGAUUCUUGCUGGGGAGAAGAUUUGGGGAGGGGGGCAGCAAGCAAUUCCGAGCGAUGCUGAGGAAGGUCAGUACCUAGAGGUGGGUGUGCAUGCUGGAUAAACAGGAAGUCCAGGAGCCCCUGUGAGUCAACUGCUUCCUCCUUGGCCACCCCUCCCAGCAGCCCUUGUUUGGGGUGUAUGGGGGUCUGGGAUUGCCAAGGUGGGGAGGAGAGGAGGAUUUUCAGGCUUUGUACGGACCAGCCCGCAUCCCCCUUCCAAGCCUCUCUGGCCUCUUUCGGGCCCCCUUGCCAGCCGCCGUGGGGAGGCCUCAGGGCCCCUUCUCCUCUAGGGCGAAGCUGCCCCAAAGGCAGACAGGAUUCCUCUUCUGCUGUCCCCAUCCUGCCUCUUCCUCUCAUCAUUUUAUUGCACUAGACGAGGCGGCAGGGAGACGCGGUCAGGGUCGCCGACAAACACGCCUGCCUGCUCGUGAGCAGACGAAGCGUGUCUGGAGCAACGGAGGCUCCAGGCGGCAGUACUGGAGCCCCAGAAUCAAGUCCAGAGGCUUGGAAGAAAGACAGAGGCAGUGGGUACGGUCUGGGGCUCUUUUGGAACAGGUCUGGGCCCCCUCCCCAGGCUUGGGGGUCUGUGCUGUCGUGCAAAACCCAAAGUUUGGCAACCCAGACUUUGCAGUCAGUCCUUGCUUGGGUCCCCCACUUCCGGCUGUGUGCUCUGCCAAUGUGCAUUGCCUUGCUGGGUCGGGGGAGCCUUCUGGGAAAGCCUUGGCAAGGGUCUCUGAGCAGCCCCCCAACAUCCGAGAAGUGCAGGGGGCAGACGGGAGAGCUCUCUUUUCCUCUCCCAGCUGACUCAGAGCCGUGUCUCUGCCAAAAAACGAUGCCCUGAGCCACAAAACCCUCCGACGUCCGCGUUUCCCGCCCUAGGGGAACCCCAGAAAGCUGCCUUUCCAGGUCCCCCCCCCCCCGGAGGUCUUCCACCAGCCUCACCUGGUCAGACAGUGCCUGCAGAGUCCCAACAUUUCAAAAGCGGGGUUUUAUGCCUCUUUCGAAAGCAAGUCCCUUCCCCUUUCUCCCCCGCUCCUUUUUCGUGGUCUCAGGAAAUCUGACCAAAGCGUUAAGUUUCCGUAAUUCUGUUUGGCUGAAUGCAGAAAUGGGUUGGGGAAUGUGCUGGCUGGAUCUCGAUACCUGGGAGCAGGGAAAACUACGGCUUUGCUAAGCGAAUGGCAGCAGUUCUCGUUGUGCUUCCUUAAGUGUGCUGUAGCUCUUUUACUUCUUCGCGCCUGUCCGCCCGGCUCCCACCUCCGCGCUUCCUCCUUCGCCCGCACACUUUCAACCCAAAGGCCACAAUCCCUCCCCGCGCACAAGUAUUCUACCUAUCCCAGGCUCCCUACGCCGGCCGGGGCUUUUUCCUUUCUUUGGGGUAACCCUUCAAUUUCCCCUCCUGGGAACAGAACAGACGCGUUCCCCCACCCCCUUAAGGAAGACUGGAGUUUAUAUUUUCAACAAAAGUAUGGACUACGUUUUUAAAAGAUAUAUAUCUAUAUAUACUCACGAAAUAUAUAAUAAGCGCAGAACUUGUUGCACUCAAAAUGUCUAUAGAUAUCUAUAUGGGGAAGGGGGAAAAAUCUAUUUGAAAAACAAA